AUGGAGAUUCCAGUCCAAACAAGAGACAUCAGUUCCAGUACGAGCACACUAGGUAGCGAUACUGAGAGCACCUCGGUUGCUAGCUCGCCCUCAACUUUGUCGUCGGCACCCGUGUACAGCGCAUCGCUGCGCCCAGGAGACACUGGCCAGGUCCUUGCAGAUUUGUCGAACUAUCUGGCUUUGGGCUGCUUGGUCUUCGAGGACAUCGAGACCGAGGAUACAAACGAGAUACUCGAGCAUGAGGGGCUCGACACCUGGCACGAAGUGACGUCCAUUUCUGAGCAGCCCUUCGUCCCAGUAAGCAUUACAUUGAGCCUCUCCAGACUUCUGCGGAACGGCUGGAUUAGACUACAGUCCUCGAAGUGCCAGCUCCAGCGUCGGUCUUUGAUCUUUCGAGUCUACCUACUAUUCAACGAUGUGGGUUUGACGUCCAUUGAGCGCUCUAACAGGACACUUCUAUCGGACGUUGAGGCUGUAGUCGCUAGAGUGGAUACAAAUCCUGCACUAUGGGAUGGGCAAUAUGACCCCUGCAAGAAUCGCCAUUUCGACAUGUGGUCAUCCAGAGAUUCCAAAAAUCCCAGUCUGUUCUAUAUGUUCAACAAGCUGCCGUCCCCGUCACCUAAUCAUCGCGAGAUUGAGGAGCAGUACCUGUCGGAAGGCCUGGAAGAUCUCCUGGAUCUUGACCAUGACAUCGCGGGAAUGAAGACUUCGCUAUACCCUUUUCAGAGGCGCUCAGCAGGGUGCAUGAUGCAGCGCGAAACAGCCCCGAAACUGAUGCUCGACAUGCGGCUAGAAAGUAGAACUGCAGCGGACGGCUCUCAGUUCUACUACUCUCCGAGGGACAUGCAGUUCCUCAAGGAGCCAAAGUACCAAGAAGCCCCUCGCGGCGGUAUCCUUGCAGAGACCAUGGGGUACGGGAAGACGCUUAUCUGUCUCGCUCUGAUCCUCACAACGAAGCACCAUCCUCCCAAGAUGCCCGUCCAGUACGCUACAGUUCCAAUUCGAAACAGAGUGGGUAGCCUUGCGGACAUGGUGGUUUCGACUAUCAACAGGCGAGGAGUUCCUUACCGGGUGGAGCUUGACCGCCUGAACAAAGUGGCAAGUUCAGGAGUUGGCCAGGCUCUUGCAUCACGACUUGAAGAGCAACCUGCAACAUACGAUAUCCCUGCGAUGCCGGUUCGAUUCAAUCGUAACACUAUCGUGCAUCCUCCGGCACACAUUUUGAUGGCAUCCACGACGUUAGUUGUGGUUCCGCAAAAUUUGUGUAAACAAUGGACGGCCGAGAUUGGCAAGCAUGUCGAGCAGGGUGCUUUGAAAGUCCUAGUCAUGGACGACAGAAAGAAGCCACUUCCGCCAGCGCAGGAACUUGCUAGAUACGACAUCAUCCUCUUUACACGGAAUCGAUUCGACAUGGAGAUCCAAGACGGGCAAGAUGCCAAUGGCCGUCGCAUGCCAAAGAACGCGAUGACAUGCACUUGCACGUACAUUGGCGCUACCCGAACACGCGACUGUUAUUGUUUAUCGGAAAAUGAUCUGUAUUCGUCUCCGCUGAAAGAAGUACACUUCAAGAGGCUUAUUGCGGACGAAGGAGCAUUCUUCGGCAAUGGUGGCACUACUAGCACCAUUCUCGUUGCGAACAAGCUUGUCAGGGCUGACCAUCGCUGGGUGGUCUCAGGCACUCCAGCUAAGGAUCUGCUGGGAGUCGAAAUCGAUGCCCAGCUGGCAGGCUCGAACAGAGAUGCCACUCUGGACCUCAGACGCACAUUCGAUACGAAGCUUGACCGAGGCGGAGCCGUUGACAGUUUAAGCACUCUCGCAAGCAAUUUCCUACGAGUGACACCAUGGACGUCGGCUGAGGCGAAGAACUAUCUUUAUCGACAUGAAGAUAGACGUGAACGAACAUACUCUGGAUUCUCAGUCUCUUUGCGGCGGAUGCUUGAGGCUGUGGUAGUCAAGACGAGACCAGAGGAUUAUGAGCGAGACAUUGAGCUGCCUCCUCUCCAUCACGAACUCGUGGUCCUUAAGCCCAGCUUCUACGACAAAGUGACUGCUAAUCUGUUUACGCUGGUGUUGACUGCGAACGCGGUGACUUCCGAACGAACCGAUUCUGACUACCUGUUCCACAAGAACAGCACAAAAGCAAGACUGCAGCUGGUCGCGAAUCUCAGGCAAAGCGCUUUCUUCUGGUCAGGAUUCAGUGAAGCCGAUGUGCACGCAAGCAUCAAGAAUAGCAAAAACUACUUGGCAAAAGAGGAUUCAAAUUGCACGCCCGAGGAUCGUCAGUUGUUGGAAGAGACACUCCGUUGUACAGAAGUCAUUUUGGCCUCAAAAGGCUGGACGGCCAUGAGCAGAUGCCACGAGCUAGGCGUCUAUGUUCAGGGUUGGCCAGAAGAGAGUGCCGAGCACUGGUCAUUUGACGAUAACACGCCGCUACUGACGGGGAUCACGCAACUACUGGAAGCCCAAAGCUUUGUCAACGCACGCCUCGACCAACAGGACCCUGGAGAGGGACUUUCAGGCGCCGGUAUAAAGUCCCUUCGCAACGCUCGCCGACAAGCGGAAGCAGAGGAGUCCAAGCCUGUGUUAGCGAAAUCGGGCAUUCCGACUUCAAGUCUUGAUGGUGAGCCCGUGCUGCUUCGUCGUGGCUCGCAUUCAGCGAGUGGCAAGGCUGGCUCACCACGAAAGACAAUAUCUCAGUCUGCUCGAGCGGAGCAGAAAUCGAAGCGUCGUCGACUUUCGGAGGAUUCUACAAACGCUGUACACGAAUCUACUGCAGAGUCGAGCAUGCCAUUGCUCCCCGACAACUCGCCGUACGAAAAGACACGCAUUGUUGGCACAACGUCUGCCAAGCUAUCGUAUCUAAUGACAAGGAUCCUUGAGCAUUACCAGAGCGAAAAGAUCCUCAUAUUCUACACAGGCGAAAACGCGGCGUGGUACGUGAGCCAGAUAUUGGAAACAUUCCACAUCAAGCACGAGAUCUAUGCCAAAUCGCUGUCGGCUAAGCUGAAGGCGCAAUACGUGGUCAACUUUCAGGAGCAGGACGACUUGCGGGUUCUGCUGAUGGAUGUUGGCCAAGCUGCGUUUGGGCUCAACUUGUGUGCUGCUUCACGAGUAUGGUUCAUAAAUCCCGUGUGUAAGCCCGAUGUCGAAGCGCAGGCCUUGAAGCGAGCACACAGGAUUGGACAGACGCGUCCAGUGAUGUGUGAAACGUUGGUGCUUGAGGGUUCGAUCGAGCAAGCCAUGCACGAGCGGAGUCAGCAAAUGACCAAAGCCGAGCAUUUGGAUGCCAAAGCACUCGAGGACGAUGGCGGCAUUCGAGCAAUCAUUCAGAACGCUCGACUGUUGCCGCUUGCUGAUGAUGAGACGAAGCCAGGGUUGGGCCAAAUGGCGCCUUUAGGGAAAGCAGAGCGACUGUGGUGUCGUCCAGGUUGGGCGGAGUUCAGAGACGGCGCUCGACCACUUCAACCAAGAAAGAAGGCGAAGCUUGUGGAUGUCACCGACCCGAAUGAUGCCGGACGCAUGGUAGUUGAUGACGAUUGA